AUGGGUCUUCUCUCCACUCUGAGUUUUCUUCUUCUCAGCGCCACUCAAGCUUCGGCCCGUGUCGUCCGCUACGACUGGAACAUCACGACGCUCAACACCACCAUCUUCGACGGCGUUCGGGGCAAAUUUGGCUACGGCAUCAACAACGAACUGGCUGAUCUCCACCCUAUCAACGUCACGUUCGGCGAUGAGGUUGAGGUGCACGUGACCAACAAGCUCACGGAGCAGACGUGUCUCCACUGGCACGGGCUGCGGCAAUUCGGUACUCAAGAAAUGGACGGCGUCUCCGGCAUCACGCAGUGCCAGAUCCAGCCGAACGUGACGGCCAUCUACCGAUUCAAACCCGACAAGUGCGGCACCUUCUGGUUCCACGGUCACGAGGAAGUGCAGUACGCCUACGGUCUCCGUGGACCCCUCAUCGUCCACUGUCCUCCUAAACUACAGCAGAGCUGGGAGAAGGAUGUCUACAAGGAGUACACGAUCAUGUUGACCGACUGGUACCACGACUUGCCGGUCGGUGCUCCCAUCUGGGACACCGUGCUGAUCAACAACGUCGGGCGCUACAAUUGCACCGUGGCGGAGGCUGCUGGUUUCGAGUGUGGCCCUGGUCGUCCAUUGCCUCGCUUCCAGUUCGUACCGGGCAAGAAAUACCUGCUUCGCCUGAUCAACACGUCGGCUAUGGCGGCGUUCAAAGUCAGUAUUGACGGCCACACGUUCCAAGUGGUGGCAAGUGACGCUGACUACCUCAAACCUUCGACGCCUGUUAACUCAGUGACGAUCAACGUGGCUCAACGCUAUGACAUUCUCGUACAGGCCAAGUCGUCGGCAUCUCAGGGCCAAGGCCAGGGUCAAAGCCAGAGCCAGAAGCAAGGUCAGACUGGUGGGAAGAAUACGGCGCUUGGCUCCUUCUGGCUGCGUGUGCACUCUCCAUUCGGCAUUCCUUGGACGGCUCGCGAAGCCGACCAGGUCCCGGAAGGAUUCAACCCCGACGCACUCGCUAUCAUUGAUUACCAAGCUGGAGCAAAGGCAGACCCGACGACGUCAGCGUGGGCGACAGAGGUGACUAUCGGAGAAUUCGACUACAACCCGGCCGUUCCAGUGACUCUCCCGACAGCACCUGAUCAACGUAUCGUCGCUGAGUUUACGCUUGGUGUACUUGCUCCGAACCCGACGGCUUUCCUCGGUUACAUGGCUCUCGACGGCGGUGACUUCAGCUCGCUGGUGAUUCCCGAUAGCCCACCACUCUUCACUAUCGCCCAAGGCGCUAAGACAGAGGAGCUACCAACCACGGCCAACGCUAUCAAACUCAAGCACAACGACCAUGUUGAAGUGGUGGUGGUGAACGAGACGCCGGACCAGCACCCGUUCCACCUGCACGCCCACUCUCCGUGGAUCGUCGGAAGUGGUCACGCCUCCCGUGAUAACAUCCUGGCGGGCAAUGUGACGGCCUUGCGGCUGAACGGACCUAUGCAGCACGACGUCUUCACGGUGCCCGAGUGUAUGACCGACGCUGAUGGCGCUUGCACCGACCUCGGCUACGUCGUCUUCCGCUUGAACGCCGACAACCCGGGCGUGUGGCUUAUGCACUGCCACAUUGACUGGCAUUUUGUGCUUGGGUUGGCCAUGCUGUUCGUAGAAGCAGAGGACGUUCUUCAUGACGAAGGUCUGGGUGCGUUCUCGUCCAACAUGCUGAUGAGUGUGUGCAACGGAAACUUCACCCUGUAA